CCCUUCAACUGGCUCCACAAGGUUUCAUCAAAUUUGAGACCGUCUCUGAAGCUUUAUCACAUCUCGAACAAAGAACAUCGACGCCUCUGGAUUGAGUAAAAGUCAACGUAUCUCCCAGACCGGAUCGAACUUCUUUGAAGCCACUAUCCCAAGGCACGAAUACUCGACGCAUCCGGCACGGCUUCAUUGAGAGUGCCCAAGAACGUCUUGCGCACAAGCUCGCGUUUGUUUACUUUUUGCUCACUUUCAACCUUCCGCUCACUUUCAAAAUCAUCUCGCGCUUCGAUUGGUCAACAUAUCUCCUGCUACAAGUUUCUUUCUUUGUGAUCUUCACACUGACUAUUGUCCUUAUUCCUUCCCAACGCAUAACAUCGCAUCGCUUUUUAGCAAAGCACAGUACCCAACGCAUCCACAAUCUUCUGCGCCUCUCUGACUACUCCAUCAUAUCAUCGUUGGACAAGAACACAUCUAUCGUCAUGUUUCCCUGGCUUGUUGUGCAUUGGAUAGGCAUACUCGCCAUCUUCUGGGCCUCGAUCCAUGAAGCCCAGUACAGAAGAAAUCGUGGUACCAUAGAUCGUUACCACGCUCCAGAAGAGCCUCCCGUUGCACACCAUCUCGAAGUAUUCGCCUCUCUUACUCAGGAUCCUACACAUGAAUUGACCCCCGGGGCCAAUCUGGCCACCACUUGGGUCCCACUUCCAACAGUCACUCUCACUGAGACUGUGACGCACGCGUACCACAGCAGACCUCAGAUAAACCACCAAAGUCUCGACAUAUACAACGCCGAGAAAAACAAGAACAGCUUUCACUCCGAGGCCAUCUCCUUCCUCUGGGUCGAAUUCUUAGACACUUCCGUCGGCAGAACCCUGACUUGGGUCGUCUCCCACAUUUGGCACAACCCUAUCAUUCAAAACAUCGCCUAUAUCGCACGCUGGAACCCCCUCACGCGAGCCUUAGAAUGGCUUGUUGGCUACGUCUUCUACAUUUGGUCCUUGAUGCCCUGGACUACAGGUUCAGAUUCAGCUGUGUUCGACGUAUUGUGUUUUACUAUCGCUCUCUCCUACUGUGUCCUGGGAGCCAGUUGGGCAUACCGCUUGUUGAUACGCUACCUCAGCGAAAAGUUGGAUCCUCCUAAUCGUCCUCCACCAUCUUCUGCUGGCGGUCCGCCUAAUGGAGGCGGUGGCGGCGGUAACCCUCCAAGCGAACCCCCUGGCCCUCCUCCCGAAGCCGGACCUUCUGGCCCUCAGGCUCCUCAGGGUGACAAUCAAGCUGCCCAGAAGGAGAUCGGGGACUUGAGACGUAAGCUCGCUGAGGUAACUCAGAACUCUGAGAAGCUUCAAGAAGAACUAGCCGAGGCUAAGAAGCAAAAAGAAGCUGCUCAUAAGCAAAGUGAGGAGCUUAAAGUCGAGCUGGCAAAGGUCAAAAAAGAUGAACAGGCUGCUCAGACCAAGGUCGGGGAGCUCAGAGAUCGGCUUUCGAAUGCUCAGGACACGACAACCGCUCGCGACAAGGCCAUCACGGGUCUCAACGAAACUAUCGCAUUACGUGAUGAUACCAUCCAAGACCUACAAACCAAGAAUAUGGGGCUUCAGUUUGAUCGUGAUAUUACCCAGACCAAACUGAAUAAAUCCGAUACGACCCUUGACCAGACCAAGAAGCAGCAUGCAGAAGCCGAAAAGAGAUGCAAAGCUACCAUCGAGAGGCUGAACGCUCGCAUCGAGAGUCUCAAGAGUGAACGCGACAAAGCCGCCACUGGACGCGAUGCAGGUGUCGAUAGCAUUCGCGCUUAAUACCAAGCUGAGAUAUCGCGCAACCAGGAUGACCACGCUGCUGCGAUUGAGCAACUUGAAGCAGACCAUAAGAAGGAGAUCGAGCGCCUCCAAGCUGAGAGAAACUCCGAGCCCGCCCCUGUUCACCCUGAGGAGAGGCAGAGACUCGA